CCAGAUCUGUGUCAUUUGCUGCGAUAUCACCAGAAGAUCAAAUGCAGAAUUUUUACGCCGUUAACACCACGGUGAGGUACAUUUGCCGCCAAGGUUUUGAAAACACCACAGCCCAGCCCCCCACCAGCACCUGUUUGGACAACUUAACGUGGACAGAAGUCCCUAAACUGUGUCAGAAGAAAUCUUGUGGUGUUCCAGCCAAUCCAGAACACGGCCAAGUUAUCCUAAAAGAUCACCAGCUGGGUGCAACCGCCAGUGUGGUUUGUGACCGUGGGUACAGAUUAAAGGGAGCAUCACCUUCCUUCAAGUGUCUCCUAGAGGGAGACAAAGCUGUCUGGAGUCCUCUUCCAGCUUGUCAGGUUAUUUCCUGUCCCCCUCCUCCAGCCAUCCCGCACGGGCAGCACAGUGGGAACAGCUCGGAGGAGUUCGUGCUGGGCUCCGUCACAACCUACACGUGUGAGCCGGGGCUGGAGCUGGUGGGACAGGACACGCUGCGCUGCACCGCGGGCGGCGGCGACAGCGGCGACAGCGGCGACAGCGGCACCUGGAGCGGGGCCCCGCCCGCCUGCCGGGUUAAAACCACAGCAGAGACAAACCAAACCAAACCCUCAGAAGAGAAUCCUUACUGGCUGGCAAGCAUCCUCAUUCCGAGUUGCAUUGUUCCCCCAGUAGCCCUUGGAUUUCUAGCUGGGAUCAUCAUGAGACGGAAAGAGAGUGAAAAGCACUCUUAUAAUGUGAAUUUACAAAAGCAGGAGAUGAAGGGAAGGGGUGCAGCGAUGCACCCGGAGGUUACAGAUGAGAAGAAGCAGCCCAAGCCCUGGAAUUCCUAUUUUUGCCACACAGGGAAUUGCCACGUGUGUCCCAGCUGUGAGGAGCAGCUCCACGGUGACCUGGCCCCUCUCUCAGAGCCCUCAGAGCACGGCUGUGCCGCCUGCCAGGACUGGCUGAGCUCCCAGCCCCAAAAACCCCGCACCUACUCCGUCCCCAGCGUUGGUGACGGCGACAGCCAGAGCGCAGCAGGCACCAGCUCUCCUGCCAAAGCUGUGGAUGUGCUGAGGGCAGAUGGCACAGGAGAAGCUGCUCCGUGGUGGAGUGAGGCAGAGCAGCCCAUGGACCACCAAAGUGACCACACCUGUCCCAUCUGUGAGAGCUGGCUCCGUGCCCACACUGGCCAGGGUGACAGCAGUGCUGUGGCACCGGGGGAGUGGCAGGACAAGGGCCCCCAGGGCCCUGUCUGCCCCCCCUGCACGGACAGGCAGCUCCUGUCCCUUGUCCACGGGGACACAGCCAGCAGCCCCGUGUGUCCCCUGGCCGGGGAGGGGACCCUGGCCCACCUGGUCCCUCUGCACAGCCCCGGCUGCCACCUCUGCCCCGUGUGCUCGGUGCCCACCCACGCUCACCUGUGCCAGCCCCAGCGCCUGGCACCCGACGGGAUGGUGCCCAUCUUCACCCUCUGCCUGCUGGGCAGCUCCUCUCUGCUCCUCAGCACCACGCCCGGGGCUCAAGCUGCCCUGUGCCUGUUCCCACGUGUGCGGUACGGGACCGUGUCCCCCCGUCGCUAUUACUACCGGACAAGGGACACCGUGAGAGUCACCUGCAACCCGGGCUACACCCUGCGGGGCGCCCACAGCAGCACCUGCGGGGCUGCCUCCAGGUGGGACCCUCCUCUGCCGGAGUGCAAGGAGGAGGUGACAUGUCCUCGGCCACCGAGCAUCGCCAAUGGGCUGCACGCUGGGCACUCCUCGGACAAGUUUCGCCGGGGAGUGACCGUGUCCUACAGCUGCAGGGAGGGCUUUGAGCUGCUCGGCAAUGAGUCCAUCACCUGCGCGGACUCCGGGCUCUGGAGCCGGCCCCUGCCCCGCUGUGAAGCGAUCGGCUGUCAGGUACCCGAGGUGCAGAAUGGGAAGGUCCACAACGCGCAGAGCGCCUACAGAGCUGGAGAGACUCUGCACUUUGACUGCCACCCUGGCUAUGCAGCAGAGGACUCUGAUGAGGCUCGGUGCCAGCCCGGGGGCACCUGGGACCCGCCGGCGCUCGUGUGCCAGAGGGUCCGGCCGUGCCCGAUGCCUCCGGAGGUCGCCAAUGGAAAACACAACGGCCAGGACAAAGCAGGAUUCACCAUGGGAAUGUCUGUACGGUACUCCUGCAAUCCUGGCUAUUACCUGGUUGGAAGUGCCGCUGUGUCCUGCAGAGCAUCGGGGAACUGGAGCCAGCCCCGCCCUCGCUGCGAAGAGGUGACAUGUCCUCGGCCACCGAGCAUCGCCAAUGGGCUGCACGCUGGGCACUCCUCGGACAAGUUUCGCCGGGGAGUGACCGUGUCCUACAGCUGCAGGGAGGGCUUUGAGCUGCUCGGCAAUGAGUCCAUCACCUGCGCGGACUCCGGGCUCUGGAGCCGGCCCCUGCCCCGCUGUGAAGCGAUCGGCUGUCAGGUACCCGAGGUGCAGAAUGGGAAGGUCCUCAACGCGCAGAGCGCCUACAGAGCUGGAGAGACUCUGCACUUUGACUGCCACCCUGGCUAUGCAGCAGAGGACUCUGAUGAGGCUCGGUGCCAGCCCGGGGGCACCUGGGACCCGCCGGCGCUCGUGUGCCAGAGGGUCCGGCCGUGCCCGAUGCCUCCGGAGGUCGCCAAUGGAAAACACAACGGCCAGGACAAAGCGUUUUUUACCGCUGGCAUGUCUGUACGGUACUCCUGCAAUCCUGGCUAUUACCUGGUUGGAAAUGCCGCUGUGUCCUGCAGAGCAUCGGGGAACUGGAGCCAGCCCCGCCCUCGCUGCGAAGGGACUGUCUGCAUCAAUCCAGUCGUAGCCAAUGGAUGGCAAGUUGGUGGCCACGGGCUUCUCUCUGCACCCGGGCAAACGGUGACAUUUCAGUGCCACGAUGGUUACAGCCUGCAGGGCAGUGCCAGCGUGUCCUGCCAGGAGGAUGGCAGCUGGCAGCCCCCUGCUCCUGUGUGUGACAGAGCACUGCCUCACCACAACUCCUUCACCAGGUCUCCAGGUGGUUGUGGUGCUCCCACAAGGCUACAGUUUGCUGAGCUAAAUGAGGAGCAUAGAAAUGCCAUUGAUUUUUCUGUUGGGAAGACUGUGCAAUACACUUGCCGCCCUGGAUAUGCUAAAGUCCCAGGAAUGUCACCUACUAUGACAUGCCUUGAGAGCGGAGUGUGGUCAGAAGCACUAGAGUUCUGUAAAAGGAAACAGUGCAGUCACCCUGGUGAGCCUGUGAACGGCAAGAUUAUUUCCCUGACAAAUCUCCAGUUUGAGUCUACAGUGGUUUACGGAUGUGAAGAAGGGCACAGGUUAAUUGGACAAUCCAGCAGACGCUGUGAGAUCUCUGGGGGACGUGUUGUGUGGACUGGUCAUGUUCCCCUCUGUCAGCGCAUCCCUUGCGAGCCACCUCCGGACAUCCCCAACGGGCAGCACUCGGGCCAGCUGCUGAGCGAGUUCCACUACGGCACGGCCGUCACCUACAGCUGCAACCGCGGCUUCCCUCUGCACGGGGAGCCCUCCAUCCACUGCACCACCCGCGACGGCCACAACGGCGUCUGGAGCGAGCCCCUGCCGGCCUGUGGAGUGGCGAGCUGCCCUGUCCCACAGAUCCAGCACGGGAGGAUCGUGGCUGCCCGGUCUGCCUACUCACACAGGGACACCGUGACCUUCGAAUGUGACCCAGGCUAUGCCAUUCGUGGCCACAGAGAGAUCCAGUGCCAGCCAAACAACACCUGGGAGCCGCCUGUGCCCGUCUGCGAGCAGGCUGGCUGCAGAGCCCCUGCCAGGCUGGGCUUUGCCGAGCUGAAGGAGCCCUACAGGAACCGGACGGUGUUUCCCGAGGGGAGCAGGGUGGAAUUCGUGUGCCAGCCUGGCUACACCCAGCUCCUGGGGGUGUCACCAGCCAUCACCUGCCUCAGGAACCAGACGUGGUCUGCAGCGCUGGAGUUCUGUAAAAGGAAGCAGUGCCCCAGCCCAGGGAACCCAGCGAACGGCAGAGCUGUUGUCCUGACAGAUCUCCUCUUCGGGUCCAAAAUUAAUUACACUUGUGACAAAGGGUACAAGCUGGUGGGAGGCUCCCAGAGAAUUUGUGAGGUCUCUGGCACACGUGUCUCCUGGAGUGGGGAUCCUCCUGUCUGCCAGCGUCUCACCUGCGCUCCCCCUCCAGCCAUCCCCGACGGGACACACAGCGGGGGCUCCAGGGACACCUUCUCCCUCGGGGACGUGGUCACCUACACCUGUGCCUCGGGGCUGGCCCCAGCUGGAGGCGCCUCCCUGUCCUGCACCUCUGUGGACGGGGAGCAUGGCACGUGGAGCGGGGCAGUGCCACGGUGCCAAGAGGUGAGGUGCCCGGCCCCCCCGAGCAUUGCCAACGGGCAGCACAGUGCCAGCCCCGGGGCCAGGCACAGCCCGGGCUCGCUGGUGCUCUACACCUGCGCCGAGGGCUACUCCCUGCUGGGGAACGCCUCCAUCCGCUGCACUGCCAAGGGAGCCUGGAGCCGGCCCCAGCCCCGCUGCCGAGUGCCGCUGUGUCCUUCCCCUCCAAUUAUCAGAAAUGGCCAGCACGACAGCAAGGGUGUGACAGAGUUCAUCCCUGGCGUGGCAGUGAAGUACCACUGUGACCCAGGCUACGUCCUCACCGGGAAAACCACGGUUUCCUGUUUGCCAUCGGGAGUCUGGAGCAUCCCUUACCCCCGGUGUGAGGUGAUCACCUGCAGCAGCCCCAGCAUCAAGGACGGAGAGGUGGCUGAGGGCCGGAGGGCUGUGUACCACCCUGGGGACAACGUCACCUUCCAGUGCCACCCAGGCUUCGUGCUGAGGGGCAGCCCUGGGGCCAAGUGCCAGCCCGACAGCCGCUGGGUGCCUGCUGUGCCCACCUGCCAGCCAGUGCGGCUCUGCCCUCCGCCCCCCGUCAUCGCCCACGCCACGCUCAGCGCCGAGCCGGGGAUGAACUUCACCAGUGGCACCUCCGUGAGCUACAGCUGCCAGCCCGGCUUCUCCCUGCUCGGGGACCCCUCCGUGCUGUGCACGGCCUGGGGCAACUGGAGCCUUCCCUACCCACGCUGUGCAGCCGGUUGUGGCACACCAACACCGUUGCUAUUUGCUGAGCUAAGCCAGGAAUAUGAAAAUCAGACUGAGUUUCCUGUCGGGAUGACUGUGAACUACACUUGUCGGCCUGGAUACAUGGAACAGCCACAGAUAUCACCAACUAUCACGUGUCUUGAAAAUCUAACGUGGUCUGAAGCCCAGGAGUUUUGCAAAAUGCUGCAAUGCCCUUCACCUCCAAAUAUUGACAAAGGAAACCACGACAGCCAGGAAUUGGAGGUUUUUCCCACUGGGAUGGUUGUGAACUACAGCUGUGACCCUGGCUACAGCCUCCAGGGAGAGGCAUCCAUCUACUGCACCAACUCUGGCAACUGGAGCCUCCCUCUCCCUCAGUGUGCAGGUGGCUGUGGUGCACCUCCAAACCUCACCUUUGCUGAGCUAACCCGGGAAUACAAAAAUCAGCUGGAAUUUGCUGUUGGGGACACUGUGCACUACAGCUGCCGGCCGGGACACUCGAGACGCCCUGGAGUGCCCCAAACUCUGACUUGCCUCCAAAACCACUCGUGGUCUGAAGCCCUAGAGUUCUGUAAAAGGAAGCAAUGUAGACACCCAGAACCCCCCAGGAAUGGCAGAGUUGUUGUUCUGACAGAUCUCCUUUUUGGGUCAACCGUGAGCUACACGUGUGACGAAGGGUACAGACUGGUUGGACAGUCCCACAGGAGAUGUGAGAUUUUGGGACGAGGUGUUGCCUGGACUGGUCUGCCUCCCAUCUGUCAGAGGGUGGUGUGCCCAGCCCCACAGAUCCAGAAUGGGAGGGUGGCUGUCCCCAAGCUCCGCUACACCUACGGGGACUCUGUCACCUUUAAGUGCCACAGAGGCUUCGCCCUGCGAGGCCACCUCACGUCCCAGUGCCGAGGUGACAGGAGGUGGCACCCACCCGUACCUGUCUGUGAGCAGGGUAAGAAUCAGCUCUUGGCCUUGUCGGGAUUGCACAUUCCUCCUGCUUUCUCCUGCCCACUCACCGAAGCUGAAGUUGCUUUUAUUUUUCCUGUUUACUCCAACUACUUUAAGGAGAACCCAGAAUUUUUUCCUUUCAUUUAUGUCUCUCUUCACACACAGGAGAUGAGCCAGGGCUUGGCUGCGAAGUGUCUGCAGCCUCCAAACAUCACCAAUGGGAGGCUGCAAGGCAACACCUCUGCCACCUUUCCCUCCGGAGCCGUUGUAUCCUACAGCUGCGAUCCUGGCUACUCCCUGGUUGGGAAUGCUUUCAUCAACUGCACGGUGUCGGGAUCCUGGAGCCAGCCCCUCCCGCGGUGCAAAGAGAUCAGAUGUGAAUUCCCGGAUGUCCAAGGUGUUAAAAAAGCCAUUAAAGGAAAUACUUAUCGCUCUGGCACUAACAUCACUCUUGAAUGUGACGAUGGUUACAAGCUGGAAGGCAUCAGUCACACCCAGUGCCAAGAGGAUUUCAGCUGGGACCCUCCCGUGCCAGCCUGUAAACUGACGUCCCCCAAGCCCGGGUCAGUAGGCCUAGGGGGCCCGGCGGGCGGGCCCGGCCAUGGCGGCGCCGCGCUGAGGGCGGGCCGGGCGGGGCGGGCCGCGCAUGCGCACCCGGCCCCGCGCUGCGUCUCCGGCGGCGCCGGGAGCGAGCGGAGCGGCCGCGGCCGCGGCCCCGCUGCGGGGAUGGGGCGGCUCUCGCUGCCGCCGCUGCUGCUGCUGCUGCCCGUGCUGGUGCUGUGGCGGCUCGGCGGGGCCCAGGAUAAGAAACGUGCCCUCUAUGUGUGUGGAGCUGGACGCUGGAUGCGGUUAAAACCUAAAUUAAAAAAUAGGGAACGACUUAAAUAUAUCCUUAAAAAGCUCUUGAAUUACUCUGCCUGCUGUGCUGUUACACCUCAGUGUGUUUCUCUUCUUGUUGCUGAGGUGCUGUGUUGCUUUUUCCUUCCUCUCCCAGACACGUGUCCCAAGCCAGAUCGGCUGCAGUACGCAGAGCUCGACCAGCCCUUCAGGGAAGAACAGAAUUUUCCACCUGGGGCCAUAAUCUCCUUCACCUGCCGGCCGGGAUACAAGAGGGUUCAAGGGAUGUCACUGAACUGGACAUGUGGUGAUGACUUGCAGUGGUCGCCCAAAGGCGCGUUCUGUACAGCGAGAAGUUGCAAGUACCCAGGAGACUUGGAAAAUGGUCGUUUUGAUGGAACAGAUUUUACAUUUGGUUCAAUUUUGACAUUUUAUUGUAAUGAAGGAUACAGAUUACAGGGUAAGGAAAAGAUUUCCUGUGAUAUCAUGAAUGGAGAUGUUGGCUGGAGUGGACGUCUGCCUUACUGUGAAAAAAUCCCUUGUGAGGCACCUCCCAAAAUAGCCAACGGGGACUACGAGGAAAGAUCCAGCUACGUGUACCAGAGCUCAGUGACCUACAGGUGUCGGGAUGUCCCCGUGGGCAGUGAUCCCUUCUCCCUCAUUGGCCCAGACACGAUUCACUGCACAGCUGAUGAGCACUCAAAGAACGGAGUCUGGAGUGGGCCACCUCCAAAAUGUCAAGUGGUCAAAUGUGAAGAACCUAGAGUUGAAAAUGGGAGAAAAAUAUCCGGAUUUGGACAUCCCUACAGAUACAAGGACUCGGUUGUGUUUGAGUGUAAUCAAGGCUAUUUCAUGGUUGGAGAAAUGGUGAUUACCUGUGAAGAAAAUAGCAUCUGGGUUCCUCCAAAACCAACUUGUGAGAAAAUUACUGCAGAUGUGUGUCCUGCCCCGGAGAUCCCCAAUGGGGUCCUGCUUCCAGGCAAACCUGCCUAUGGAAAAGGAGAGUCUGUCCAGAUCAGGUGCAAUGCUGGCUGCUCCUUCCCUGAUGGCUCUGCAGAGGUGACAGUGACCUGUCAAGAACAGAGCUCCUGGGGUGCUUUACAGCACUGUGCCUGUGAGACUGAAGGUUCUGGUUCCACACCAGUCAUAAGUUUUGGGACAGUGACAGAUGGACAAAAACCUUCCUACUCUGUGGGGGAUUUCAUUACCAUUGAAUGUUACACGGGGUACACCCUGCAUGGGGAGGCUCGCAUUCAGUACAUUGGACACAACCAGUGGGUGCCUGCAGUGCCAACCUGCCAGCUCAGUGGAUAUAUUAUAGCCAUCAUCUGUGCGUUUGUAGUUGUGCUUGUCGGGGCAGCCUUCUGCAUCUACAAGAAAUUCUUCUCACAGAAUGGCUCGUACACAGUUGAUGAGAGUUGCAAGGAAAUUUGUAUUUUAAAAACUAAUGUCCCAGCUGAGAUGGAAGAAACUGCACAAAUGAAUUGAUGAAAAGGAAACGUGACAGCACUCCCAGUUCUGCCGAAUAUAAGAUGUGUAAAGCAUGACUGCCCUUUUUGGGGGGAGGGAGGGACUUUGCAGUGGGCUGUCCCUGUCAGAGCUGGACAAAGACUGAUUGCCCUUGCAGUGAGUGGCUGUCCAUGAGUUCCUUGUGCUGUGUCUUGCUCUGCUGAUGAACUGGAGGAGGAGAUGCUUGAUAGGAUAAAGAGUGUGUGUGCAUAUAGAUAACACAGAUCCUGCUUUGCCUUCUGGGGCCCCUCUGUGUCCCUCUGUGCACAUGAGCUGGGGGAAAGGCAAUACCUGUAGCAUGCCAGAGUCUGUGGGAGUGCUGCAAUGUCCCUGUGCCAGUGCCAGCUGCUGCUGCCUUCAGUGCCACCUCUUUGCUUACAGAACACGUCCAAUAUUCUGCUCACUCCUGUAGAGCUCUGCUCACUCAAACCUGGCUGUCCUUCCCAUCCCUUUUUGCAGUAGAGGUGGUGAAAAUGGUUCUGUCGUUUCCUUUGUGCUCUGAAAUGUGUUCUUGCUCAUCCCCUGAAGAGUCUGGUGCCAUUGAAGGCGAUGUCUUUUGGAAACUAUCACAGUUAAGAUCUUAUAUACUCUACCUCUUUGUCUGCCAAAGUUGGUUGCUGUGUAUAUAUUGAAUUAAAGUGUGCCUUGAAAUCAGAGUUUUAUAGCUUUUCCUUUGCUUUUAAGAAGGAAAAAAAGCCAUAUAUAUUUCUGAUUCUUUGCUGUAAUCUCCCAAAGACUGCAGUGGAUUUGUUGGAACUGAAAACUGAAGGAUUCUGUAGCAAAGGCAUCCCCUGCCUGUAGACAGGAGGUCCCUAAUUAAAGGAACUGCUGAGAGCUCAGUGGUGGCUGAGUGGGAGUUCCUUAGGGUGCUCGAUUUUAGUGAGCCUUGAUGGCACUUCUGGAGAUCUUCUGUUGCUUUCAGGAGUAGAAGUGGGUGCUGUGUGAUCCACCUUCCUUGCUUUUUUACUUGAAGUCACAUAUUCCGCAUUUCUAACCUCUGGCUGCAGACUGGGAUGUUAAAUCAAGCUCUGAAAAGCUGGAUUUAGCAUCAGAUUCCUGUUUAGAAGCAGAAGCUUUUCCCUGUCACUCACUUUCCAUGUUAAAGGAAAACCAAACCAGUUCAGUUGUGUGAGCACUGGUAGAUGUGGUGGUCUCUUGUUUGCUGCUUGUUCAUCAAAUAUUUUAGUCCAGAUUCUGACUGCAGGAGCCCCCACCACGGUGUUUGCCAUUAGUUUAGAGUCACUGCUACUUCUAAUUCCUCAGCAAACCCCAAAUCUUAACUAGAACAGGUUUUAGCUCCAUGAAUCUCACUAUCAGCAUGCAGGCAGCUCCUGAUUUUCACAGAAAACCCAAAUAGCCUCACUUCAGAUGCUUGAGGCAGCACUGAAAGUGCUCUGGCUUGUCUGUGGCUGCUUGGCACUGCUCUCCCUGUCAUCAACAGAUCCUUGGCGUGGCACAGAACUGUUUGGGGCUUUAUAGGGCUUUUUGGGACAAUCCCAGCAGUCGUAUUGUUGGAGUUCAUAAUAGGCUGUGUUAUUAGAAAGGGGCUUUGGCUCUGCAGAAGGAUUUGCUGUUUGUGGCCUGGCUGAUACCUCGGUUUGAGAGUUGUUUGUAAACACUGGGAUGUGUGACUGGGACUGAGUGUGGUGCUGGUCAGGAGCUCAGCUUGCUUUGUGUGGCAUCUGCAAUGUGCUGAAAUACACUGGGCUGUACUUAAUUGGGAAGUGAAAUCUCUGUAAAAAGUGGCCGUGUUUUUACUCUUCUUUCUGGAUGUAAAGAUUAGCGACGAUUUGUAAAAUUCCAAAUAAAAAUUUUAAAUUAUUUAGCAGUAA